AUGCUCAUGGAUCUUUUGACCCAGAAAGGAAACAUUUCUUUGGUUGCUUGUGCUGCACAAAUGUGUUUUUUCCUUCUGUUUGGAAGCUCAGAGUGUCUCCUCCUGACAGCAAUGGCCUAUGACCGCUAUGUGGCUAUUUGUAACCCACUGCUCUAUCCACUGGUCAUGAACCACAAGGUGUGUGUCCAGCUGGCCAUUGCCUCCUGGGUCAGUGCAGUUCCAGUUGUAACCGGGCAAACAUGUCAGAUUUUUUCUCUACCCUUUUGUGGGUCUAACAGGAUUAAUCAUUUCUUCUGUGACAUCCCCCCAAUUCUCAAGCUUGCUUGUGGGGACACAUUUCUGAAUGAGAUUGCAAUCUAUCUAGCUUCACUGGUGUUUGUCAUGGUUCCAUUUCUAUUGAUCGUUAUCUCCUAUGGAAAAAUUAUUGCCAACAUUCUCAAAAUAUCAUCAGCCAGCGGGAAGGCAAAAGCCUUCUCCACCUGUUCUUCUCACCUGACAGUUGUGGUCUUAUUCUAUGGAACAGCUAUUAUCACCUAUUUGCAACCCAAAACAAAUCAAUCUGAAGGAACUGGGAAAGUGAUCUCUCUCUUCUACACCAUUUUGAUCCCAACAUUGAAUCCCAUUAUAUACACUCUGAGGAACAAAGACAUCAUGGUAUCACUCAGAAAACAACUAAGUCACUUACUACGAUGA